ACACCAGCGCCAUGGCUGGCACAACCUAGCUAGCUCUGAUACUUUCUGUAAAGCUUUCUUAUAUGGUGGUUUUAUGUUUUGUUGUCAGCAUUGUGUCAAUAGCCACGUCGAGACAUGACAGUCAACACACGCUGACAUGUGCCACAUGACAAACUUUAGGAAUCACAUAAAUCAACUGGAAUGGAGUUAACGUUACCCUCUAAACACAUUUACGACACAUACAAAGAUGAAAUCUGGAAAGAGCUGGGCCCUCUGGACCCCGAUUGGUUUGAGUCCCUGGCAGCUCAAACGUUCACCAACGAGGGACAUUUUUAUGAUCAAGAUGACCUGUGUGCCAAUCAAGAAGGAAACUUUAAAACACCUUUGGACAAAAGUGCAGUAGAGAGUCAGCUGUUUUCAACCCCAAAAGCUUUCAGACGCAUUCGAGUUGUGUCACCUGAAACUGGGGAUGACCAUUCUUUCACCGGUGAACAAGAAAGAGAAACAUUGCCAUGGACGACAACACAAAGUCCUUGUUUGUUUCAGAUGUCAAAGUGGGACCCAGGUGCUAGAAAUGGAAGAUACCAGAGAUUUGAUCCACUUCAUACCCCACACGAAUCCCCAGUCAGCUACAGCAAGCAUAUAUCUGAAGGUCUCAGAGUACAGAUUCAUUCUGAUAUUUUAUGGACCAGUUCUCUGAAUACCCCACCAGCAGAAGCAUCCACCCUCAUUUUAACAAAAGCUGACGAGAGUCCCUGUCCAGUAGGUGUUUCUGCAGAACAAGAUGUGGUUUUUGUACGGAAGCUUUUCCCUUCUCUUUCAAAUCUAUCUAAAGUUGAAGUGGUGUCACCCAAAAACAAUGGUAUACCUUCCGUUGCUCAAGGUGUUGUUUCUCCUGUGGCUGGUCUGGAUCCAGAGUCCCACCACUCCCCUCAGAGUUCACUGAAUCUAAGUGACAGUGGUUGGAAACAGAAGCUACCAGAUGCUAUUGAGGAUGGAGAUAUUCGCAAAACAGAAGCAAGUGUUCUUAAUGGAGCUGAACAUGUUCUCUCUAUAUUUUUCAGUAACAGUAGUUCAGCACUGAGAAAAGUCAAAUCGGAAAGAAUCAAAAGAAAGCAAAUCAUUCCAACCAGAGAACAUGGCUGCUGCUCUACAGACAUCUCAUCAACAAACGAUAAACAGAGAACAGCUGAUCAGGAACCUGGCAGACUUCCUUCAUCACCACCUGUAAAAACUGGAGAUGUUGGAAUUACCCAGUGGUCUCCGUUGAGUUUAUCUGAAAUUCCACCUUCUACUGUGGAGGCUUCUUGCUAUGAUAGUACUCCCGCUACGCAAGUGGGAAACAUUAUUUUAACAGAAGAACUGCGGAGUCAUUCUGGCCAGCUAGUCAGGCCUUUGUUGAAACUUACAGACUCUGGAUUUACUAAGAAAAAGAGGACAUUUAUUUACACUGUUGGGACUUCAAAACCACAAGUUCACGGAGAAGGAAAACGGACUCAGAAGAUUGACUCAUCCCCAGUGAUUCCAGAUUAUGGAAACAAAGUAAAUGUGACACAGUCGGGGAAAUCCCAAGAUGAAGCAUACUAUUGCAGCAUGGGAAAGAAUGAGAUGCAAAAAUGGGGAAAUCUCGCUGAAGAUAUUCUUCCUCCCUCUGUACAAGCAAAAGUCCAGGAUCUUGACAUGUCGCAGCUUUGCAAAGAAUUUGCACAAGACUUCAGUCAAUCGUCAGACCCCCGUAAACUGAGUAAAGUAGCAGAGGAUACUCCUGGAAAUGGCUUCUCUCCAUCAGCUUGUCUGUCAGCUGUGAAACGAGCUAAACAGAAAGCAAUACAAGCAAAACUUCACCAUGACUGUGAUGGUGACAGUGACAGUGGAUUCCAGUAUACAGAUUUCACUCGCAUUACUGCAUCAUCAUUUGUUCAUCCUAGCUCAGAGAUUAAUGAUCAAAGUAAACCGAUGCCUGGUUUUACAUCUGAUAUCGGCAAGAUCCCUCCUUUCACAUCUACAAAUAAAGGAAAUGACAAGGAUGUUUUACAAGAAACUGAAAUGGAUGCCAAGCUGUCCAGUGCAACCAAGGAAAGCCAGACACUGGUUCCUGGCAGAGCAAUUAAGUUGCACACAGAGAGUACAUCAGCACAACUACCCAGCGGGGCAAAAGGAACUGAGGAUAUCACUUAUGGCAUUCCCUUUAAUGGUCAAGCUUGUAGCAGUCUGCCAGAGAAAACCACAGUUUCUCUUCCUUCCGUGCAUGCAUCAGGAUUUAAAACAUCUUCAAAUAAAGGGAUACACAUUUCCUUAGCCAACCUACAGAGAGCCAAGCAUCUAUUUGAAGAAACUGAGGGGGAAAAAACGCAAUGUGACCAGCCCAGCAAGUGUGUCCUUGACAAUAAGAAAGAAAUGAGUUGUGGAUCAGUGAAAAAUCCAACCACCAACUCAAACAACCCAACUUCUUCAAGUGAAACAAAAGAGGAUAUCAGUUGCCAGUUAACAGCUUCACAAAAAGCUGAUGUGACUGAGCUUUGCACUCUCUUGGAAGAAGCAGAUAGCCAGUUUGAAUUUACACAGUUUAAAACUGCAAAGGUGAAACAACACAGUCAAGAUAAAACUACCUCUCCCAAAAAAGUUGAGAAAGAAUUUGACCCUGAUUCACUUUCAGGUAUAGAUUUUGAUGACAGUUUUAGUUCAGAAGAAAAGCAUCUGGCGGUAACAGUAAUGUAUGAAAAAAGGGACUUAGUUCCAGAUAGUAAAACAAAUGGUUAUACACCCAACAUUACAAGUAAAUCCACAGGUCUUUUAUUGUCCAGUGCAAUCAAAAAUGAAAACUCCUCGACUGAAGUUGCGUCUACCACUAAAGGCCCAAGGCUUAUUCUUUCAACUGAUCACAAAACCCUUGACAGAGCCCUGCUCACGGACACAAGCAAGCUGGAGAACAACAACCCUUUACUUGGUGUGGGAUUUAAGACUGCAGGAGGAAACAAUUUGAAAGUUUCAAAAAAGUGUUUGAGCAAAGCUAGGGCUUUGUUUGCAGAUUUAGAGGAGAAUCUUGUGACAAGUCAAACCUCACCAGACAAGCUGAGACGGGAUCCUAGGACACAGCACAAGACUACUGUGGACAAUCGCAAGGAUUCAUCUUUGCAUGAUAAGUUGAAGGAGUCUGUCUGUUCAGAAAAACUGGUCACAAGCAUAAGAGAUGAAAAUGCUGCACAAAGUUUUGAAAACAUCAAGAUGGACACCACGUCUCAACGUGGGUUCCAAAUGGCCUGUGGGAAAGGGAUUACUAUCACAGCAAAAGCUAGGAGUCAGCAGGAGGCAGAUGUUUUCUUCGAAGACACUAUGGACUUUAAUGAUGGCCUAUCAGUAAAACAUCAGAAGAGCACUGUACCGUUGCCUGGAAGUGUCAGUCAUAACGAGACCCUUCUAAAUUGUAAAGGGAUAAAAGUAACUGUUCCUGAAGAACUGAUCAAUAACCCUGAGCAUGUGAAUGCUGGACCAGCUGCACCCCAUACAGAUGUACAACAAAAUGUAAAGAUUCUAAAUGUUGGUUUUAAGAACGCACCGUCUUUUGGAGAUUAUGCCCCUUUCCAUGAAAACCCUUCGACUGCAAAGGCACUUUCAUCUCUUUCAUGCACAACAUCUACGAGUACUGGCUCCUCUGCCAUCAAUAAAUCCAGCAACGAUGUUGGAUUUUUUACAGCCAGUGGAAAGAAGGUAUCUAUGUCAGCUGAUGCACUGAAAAAAGCAGAGUCCCUUUUGAAUGAAAUGAAUCCUCUUGAGGACGCAAACCAACAACUGAAACAACAAGGAGAUGCUUUAAGAACAGGUCAUCUCACCAACAAUCAUAUUCAGGUUACAGCCCCUAAAAAUUGUGGAUUUCAGACAGCCAGUGGCAAAGGAGUGGCCAUUUCAUCUACAGCUCUCAAGAAAGCAAAAAUGUUGUUGAGUGAAUGUGAUGAAGUUGUAGAUGAAAUCAAUGUGACACCAGCACGUUCAACGAUGCCAGUUCCUGGUCCACAACUUGGGAAGAGUGGAUUUCCUGCAGGCGGCAGUAAGCCAGUGGCAUUUUCUUAUGAGGCCAUCCAGAAGGCAAAAGCUCUCUUCAGUGACGUCAGUUUCAGUACAGAGAUCCCAGCUGUUUCAGACACCAUGAAUAGAGAAAAUAAACAAGGCAAUGCUGAAAAUACAAAAGAAAUGCAUUGUGGUUUUACAACUGCAGGGGGAGCUAAAGUCCAUGUUUCACAUACAAAUCUAUUAAAAGCAAAACACCUCUUGACAGAAUUUAAUGAUGGUCCUAUUUCAACAAGAGCAAUGCAAGAGGCAGAUACUUUAUUCAAGGACUGUGACUUUAUGAAUAGAAACAAUGGCAGGCCAGUAAAACAAAAGAGAAGUAUAGAACCUGUGAGUGGAAGCAGCAGCAAGAAGAAAAACCUUUCACAUUUUAAACAAGAUGAAAAAAUGACCAUAAACAUUUCUGAAGAACCUAGAAUUCAAAAUCUGCCAUUAGUUGUGAACCAUGAAAAGAUGCAACAUCCUCAUGAUGUUGAGACUCACAAAGACGAUUUUAAGAAAACACUGGAUUCUAUCGAAGUUGCUUCUUUACAUGGAAACCCAUCUUUGAUGUCAAAGCCGCUUUCUCCUGCAUUGUGCACAACUUCAAAGAACAUUAGUUCCUCUGCAGUCAAUGGAUUGGGCAAAGGUGGUGGAUUCUGUACAGCCAGUGGCAAAAAAGUAUCCGUGUCUGAUAGCUCGAUGACAAAAGCGAAGUCUCUUUUCAACGAAAGUGCUAUAUUUGAGGACACAAACAAACAGAAAGAAGGAACUUUUCUACCAAUGAACGGUGGAUUUCAGACAGCCAGUGGCAAAGGGGUUACCAUUUCAUCUUCAGCACUAAAGAAGGCAACAACUCUGUUAAGUGACUGUGAAGGAGUUGAGGAUACACCAGAACAUUGCAAGCCUCCAGUUCCUUGGCCGCCACCCAGGAGUAAUGGAUUUCUUGCAGCCAGUGGUAAGUCAGUGGCAUUUUCUUCUGAGGCCCUCCAGAAGGCAAGGGCUCUCUUCAGUGACAUCAGUUUCAGUACAGAGAUCCCAGCUGUUUCAGACACAAGGAACAGUGAUAAGCAACAAGGCCAUGAUGAAAAACCAGAGAAAAUUCAUUGUGGUUUUACAACUGCAGGGGGAACAAAAGUCAAUGUGUCACGGAAAAAUCUAUUGAAAGCCCAAAACCUUUUAGCAGAAGAAGCUGAUGGGAAGUGUCAUUCUUCAAACUCAUACUCGACAUGCCCUCAGGACACUAAUAAACCAGAUCCAUCAAAGGUUAUUGAUGUGAAACAAACAUGUAAGCCUUCAACAGACAGUGGCAAGGACAUGCCUACUGGGUUUUGUGGCCCGCUGGUAUUCAAAUCCUCAACCUCUUUGCAAAAUCCUGAGCAAGAAAAUGAAUCUCUUCGAAAUCCAAGUCUACCUGAUUGCAUUUCUUUUCAAGACGAGGCACAUACAGAUACAUUUCAGUUAAAAGGCACAACUAGCCCAGCAUCGGCUGGCAACCUCCAUGACAGCCCUGAAGAGGAAAUGUCCAUUGGUUUGGACUAUGAAACAAAUCGGACAAGUAACAGCAAGGGAUGUAUGGUCAAAAGGCCACAAGAGUCUUCUGUUUUAAAUGCUCAGUCACUUCACCUAAGUGGCUGCACUGAAACCCAGCAGAAGUUUUUCGCCCAGGAAGCUCUGGACUGCACUAAAGCUUUGUUAGAUGAUGAAAGUCUAGCUGGCCAAAGUCUCUCAAUGACUUUAGAAAACAUGCCACUGCAAGAAAACCCAAAAUCCAGCUUCAGAUCUGCAGAGCGAAAAGGAACAGGGAAAAGAUCAGUAGAGGACUCAGAUAUAGCUGGUCAGCCUCCCCUGAAAAGGCGAUUACUGGAAGAAUUCGACAGGACUGUUGAUGAUCCCAAAGGUUCAACACUCUGUCCGGAGACAAGUUGUCCAAAAGGUGUAAUGAAAGACCGAAGGGUUUUUAAAUACAGCGUCUCUCUCCAUCCAAACAUUACAAAGCCACCUGGUGGAAAAAACGAUAUUGAAACCAGAUUGCAAAAGAUGACACCAACACAGCCAUCAAUCCCAGGAGACAGCAGAUCAUCACAUCCCAAGAUGCCAGCGUUUGUUCCUCCAUUCCUCAGGAAUGCAAAGACAGAGAGUCACAAGAAUGGAGUGCUCAAGGUCAACCAAGGAACACCUUCUGCAUUUGUUCCUCCAUUCAAAAAACAAAGAACUAUUGUCCAAGAGAGCUCCUCUAAACCACAAGAGGAGGAAGAUAAUAACCUCCAUCUCUUUGUAACGCCCUUCUGCAGCAACACUUUUGUGCCAACCGCUAAAAAAACACAGAGCACUACAGAUGUAACUGGUAAUAAAAGCAAAGAAGACAUUCAGACGGUGUCCUUGGCUGGCACUACAAAUAUAAGUCUUAAUGGUCAAAACGUUGCUGUGGGCUGUGGAUCAGAGGACUCUUCUGCCGAGGCGUCACAAGUGGAAGAUAUAUUGUCCCCAAGCCAAGACAUAUUUCAGAAUUUUCCUAAUGUUGAGCUGGCACGAGAUGUGCAAGAUAUGAGGAUCAGGAAAAAGAAGCGCCAGACCAUUCGACCUUUGCCGGGAAGUUUGUUUCUUACCAAAACCUCAGGGGGGUCGAGAAUACCGUUAAAAGCUGCAGUAAAUGGAAAGCCUCCUGCAAUAUACACCCAAAAGCAGCUGUAUGGACAUGGAGUUCAUCAGCACGUGUGUGAGAUCACCAGUGAGACUGCAGAAUCCUUCCGCUUCAAUUUACAGCAGUUCAUCAGACGGGAAGCAUUAAUAGAAGGAGGUGGUGUGCAGCUUGCGGAUGGAGGAUGGCUAGUCCCCAGCAAGGACGGGACUGCAGGGAAAGAAGAGUUUUAUAGAGCGUUAUGUGACACACCUGGUGUUGAUCCUAAACUAAUGAGUGAGGCGUGGGCGUACAAUCACUACCGAUGGAUUGUGUGGAAGCAAGCCUCCAUGGAAAGAUCAUUUCCAGAAUCAAUGGGCAGUCUCUGUCUCACUCCAGAGCAGCUUCUCCUUCAACUGAAGUACAGAUAUGAUGUAGAGGUGGACCACAGCCGCAGACCGGCUCUGAGAAAGAUCAUGGAAAAGGACGACACAUCAGCCAAAACCCUGGUCCUGUGUGUGUGCGGGGUCGUCUCCAGGGGCCACUCCACAAACCGACAGAGUUUCAGUGACACCAAGACUCCUCCAGAUGCUGAAGCCAAGGUUGAAAACCCAUCUGCAGUUGUGUGGCUGACAGAUGGAUGGUACGCCAUUAAAGCCCAGCUGGAUGAACCUUUGACUGCCAUGCUCCACAAAGGUCGAGUGGCUGUGGGGGGGAAGCUGAUCAUCCACGGGGCUCAGCUGGUGGGAUCACAGGAUGCUUGCUCUCCUCUGGAGGCACCUGAAUCUCUCAUGUUAAAGAUAUGUGCCAACAGCAGCCGUCCCGCACGAUGGGAUACUAAACUGGGAUUUCACAAGGAUCCACGGCCAUUCCUGCUUCCUAUCUCCAGUUUGUACAGCAAUGGAGGACCGGUAGGAUGUGUGGACAUUAUUAUCCUGAGAAGCUACCCCAUACAGUGGAUGGAGAGGAAAACAGAUGGAGGGGCUGUGUUUCGCUCUGUUCGUGCAGAAGAGAAGGAGGCGAGGCAACACGACAGCAACAAACAAAAAGCUAUGGAGAUCCUGUUUGCUAAGAUUCAAGCUGAAUUUGAAAAGGAGGACAAAGGUAAUAGCAGACCUCAGCGUAGAAGACGGACAAUCAGUCGUCAAAUUAUUGCAGGUCUUCAAGAUGGAGAGGAGCUGUAUGAAGCAGUGGGGGAUGACCCAGCGUAUCUGGAGGCUCAAUUGAGUGAACAGCAGUUGGAGACUCUACGUAGCUACAGAUGUUCUCUGAUGGAAAAGAAGCAGGCUGACCUGCAGGAUCGCUUCAGACAAGCUUUAGAAAAUGCAGAGGAGAGCGAAGGUAGCUGUCCCAAGAGAGACGUCACUCCUGUGUGGAGGCUCUGCCUCGCGGACCUCAUGGACCAACCUGGCAGGGUCUACCAGCUGAACUUUUGGCGACCUUCCUCGGAUCUUCAGUCUUUACUGAAGGAAGGCAGUCGAUACAAAGUCUAUAAUGUCACCACUUCAGACAGAAAGAAACAUGUUGGUAACACAACUGUUCAGCUGACUGGGACAAAGAAAACACAGUUUCAGGACCUCCCGGUCUCUCAGGAAUGGUUAUCAACACAUUUUCAACCGAGAGUCUCUACCCAUUUUGUGGAUCUUCAAAACACAGAACUGCAGCCGCAGUGUGGAGAAGUUGAUCUCACAGGAUAUGUCAUCAGCAUCGUAGAUGGACAGGGUUUCUCUCCGGCAUUUUAUCUGACUGAUGGGGAAAUGAACUUUAUCAAAGUGCGCUGUUUCAGCAGCUUUGCUCAGUCUGGCUUGGAAGAUUUGGUAAAGCCAAAUGUUCUGUUGGCUCUGAGCAACCUGCAGCUGAGAGGUCAGUCCACAUCUCCCACGCCUGUUGUGUACGCUGGAGAUCUGACCGUCUUUUCCACAAACCCCAAAGAGGUUCAUCUGCAGAAAUCUCUCUGCCAACUCAGAAAACUGGCCCAGGGUCAGGAUAGCUUCUUUACAAUUGCUGAGGAGAAGCUUUCACAUUUAGGGAAAUCUGAUGGCACGAGUUCCUUCUCUUCUCCAGCUCUGCAAACACGAAACACAGCUUUCACAACAGUCAGAAGACUGGACACAUACACAAGUGUGACAUCUCAGCAGCCAGUCCGAAGCCUUGGAUCCUUCACACCUGUCAGCAGGAAGCCUCCUGCAGCAAACUGCUCCACAGAGAAAGACCCCAACAGCCUGAAGAAGAGGAGAGCUCUGGACUAUCUGUCUCGUAUCCCGUCCCCCCCACCUCUUUCCCCGUUUGGCCCAGUGGCUUCUCCAUGUGUAAAUACGACAUUCAACCCCCCUCGGAGGUCUGGGACUGGGACACCUAGCACUUUAAAAACUGUACAGACUCCAGCUCAGACACCUGUUGAAACUCCAGUGGAGGAUGAGUGGGUGAAUGACGAGGAACUAGCUAUGAUUGACACUCAGGACUUACAUGUUGCUGAUCUACUGUAGGUACACAGGCACCACUUUUAAAAGAAUACAAAAACUGUACAAAUUACUGAUUUUAAAGGCUUAUGGCGACAUAAUGCUCAUAUUCUGGGGUUGUUGUUGUUGACUAACUGGAGACAUUAAAGAGAAGAAGUCUCUUCAGAUUACUAAAAUCACUUCAUCCUGAUCUUAAUGCUUCAGUGCACUUUUAUUAUAUAAAGUUAAAAAGUACA